AUGGUAGUGAAAGAGCGAAGAACACGUAAAAAGACCGACGAGGUGGUUGCUGUGGGAAAAACACCUGCACCGGUCGUCCACCAGAGCGCCAAACAAGUGGCUUCGAGUUCGAACUACGUGUUUCUGAUCGCCAAGCUCAUCGUCACCGCGAUUUCCUUUGUCACUCGCUUUCACAAAUUGGAGUUCCCCAACGAAGUUGUUUUCGACGAAGUUCACUUUGGAAAAUUCGCGAGUCACUAUCUUGAACGCAAAUACUUUUUUGAUUUGCACCCUCCGUUCGCUAAAUUGCUGCUUGCAUUUGUGGGGUGGAUGAAUAACUACAAUGGCGCGUUCAAGUUCGAGAAUAUUGGCAUGGUGUACCCUGAGGAUGUGCCAUACGUUGCGUACCGUUUGGUCUCCGCAUGGCAGGGUGCAUUGGUCGUUCCGCUGGUGUUUAGCAUCAUGGAGCAGACCGGGUUCUCCGUCGCCGCGUGCACGCUAUCUUCUCUCGUGGUUGCCCUUGACAAUGCGCAAAUUCUGCACAGCAGACUGAUUCUUCUUGACAGUACGCUUGUGUUUACGUUUAUUCUGUCGCUCUACUUUUAUAUCCGCUUCCUCAAGUCCUGGCGUAAGCCCUUCACAUGGGGCUGGACGAUCUGGCUCGCGUUGACCGGCCUCAGCUUGUCUUUGGUCAUGUCAACAAAGUAUGUUGGUCUGUUUGCUUUCUUGUCGGUAGGAUCAUCCGUUGUGUGUGAUUUAUGGCGCAUUGCUGAUAUUCGAAACGGCAAUUCAAUGAGGACAGUUUUCCGUCAUUUCCGGACCCGUGCGUUUUAUUUGAUCUUGCUUCCAUUCUUCUACUUUUUGAUCUGGUUCUACAUCCAUUUCAAGGUUUUGACUUUCUCGGGACCUGGCGACAGCUUUAUGAGCCGACGGUUCCAGUCAACUCUGGCCGAGAAUCCUCUGACCCAGCAGGCAUUGGAAGUCCACUUUUACGAUAGAAUCACCAUCAAGUCGACCGCUAACCCUAGUGUGUUUUUGCACUCGCACCCUGAUCACUAUCCCCGUCAGUACCCUGACAACCGCAUUUCGUCUGCUGGACAGCAAGUGACAGGAUAUACCCACGAUGAUAUCAACAACAUCUGGCAGCUCCUUCCGGAGAACGAUAUCCCUGAAGCUCACCGCGGCCGCAUGCCCUUUGUUGGUCGCCAGGCCGUUCGUUUAUACCAUCCAUCAACUGACAGCUAUCUUCUGACCCACGAUGUGGCCUCACCAAACUAUUCCGCUUAUCAAGAAGUUACGACCGUCACCGGAGACGAGGCUGUGCAGCGAUACAACGAGACUUUGUGGGACCUUGAAUUCGUUGAGAACCCAACUGGUCAGGCCUACACAAAAGUAACGACGUUCCGCAUCCGUCACCCCAACACUAACGCCUACUUGCGCCAAAGUGACAAGACCUUACCUGAUUGGGGAUUCAACCAGGUCGAUAUUCACGCUCCGCGCAACACCGACUUUGGUAGCUCGCAGAUCUGGACGUUUGAUGAUAUCAUUGAUCUAGAAGACCGUGAAUCGCGGAUUCCCGAGCGGGACGAGGAGUCGGCAGGCUUUGGCAGCAUGCCUUUCCUGUUUAAGUACGCCGAGCUGCAGGACCACAUGUUCAGGUCCAACAAUAACCUUGUUCAGGACCACCCUUACAAUUCAUGGCCCAAGAGCUGGCCCCUACUGCGUCGUGGAGUCUCUUAUUGGACCAAGGACCAAACAAAAUCCCAGAUCUACUUGAUGGGUAACUAUUUCGGUUGGUACCUCGAGCUAGUUGCCCUUAUGACAUUCAUCGUGUCAGUGGUAGCAGAUCAGCUUUUGCAAUUGCGCGGCAUUGAACUUUUCAGUGUCCGUGCGCGCCGCAAGCUUUACAAAACAGUGUCUUGGUUCUUCGGUGCCUGGGCCUUCCACUACCUCCCCUUCUUCACGAUGCACCGCCAAUUGUUCCUCCAUCACUACUUGCCGGCUCAUGUCAUUGCCAGCUUUGUUGUCGGCGGAAUGGCAGAUAUCAUUUUCCUCCAACAGGAAACUUCAGAGUCUCCUCGCACGGUGAACAAAUACAUGAAGGUAUUUACAGCCCUAACUUCAAUUGGCAUGCUCCUAACCUUCUUCUGGGUGGCCCCACUGACCUACGGAUGGCCACUAACCCCCGAGCAAGUCAGAGCCCGCCAGAUCGGUGCUGUUGCUUUGCAUUUCAACAGAUAA